CUUCACAUGGUAUAAAAACCCUCAUUAACCAACUUUCUUCUUCUUCGACUGCCGGCUUCCAGUACACCCUCACCCUCCGAUCCGUUCAUAUUCCCCGUUAUCCAUGGCUCCCAAAAGAGGUGUGAAGGCCCCAGCCUUGGCGAAGAAGAAACCGGAAAAGGUUUUAAAUCCUUUGUUUGAAAAGAGGCCGAAGCAAUUUGGAAUUGGUGGUGCUCUGCCACCUAAGAAGGACUUGACCAGAUUUGUCAAGUGGCCCCAUGUUGUUCGUAUUCAGAGGCAAAGGAGAAUCCUGAAGCAGCGUUUGAAGGUUCCUCCUGCUGUUAACCAGUUCACAAAGACGCUCGACAAGAACCUUGCCACCCAACUCUUCAAGUUAUUGCUCAAGUAUAGACCUGAAGACAAGGCAGCUAAGAAGGAAAGGCUUGUUCUAAGAGCACAGGCUGAAGCUGAGGGAAAAACCGUGGAAUCAAAGAAGCCUAUUGUUGUCAAAUAUGGGCUUAACCAUGUUACUUACCUCAUUGAGCAGAACAAGGCUCAGCUUGUAAUUAUUGCUCAUGAUGUUGAUCCAAUUGAGCUUGUUGUUUGGUUGCCUGCCUUGUGCCGGAAAAUGGAGGUCCCAUAUGCAAUUGUCAAGGGCAAAUCUCGACUUGGAGCUAUCGUCCACCAAAAGACUGCUGCAGCUUUGUGCCUUACAUCAGUAAAGAAUGAAGACAAAUUGGAAUUCAGCAAGAUUUUAGAGGCAGUUAAGGCCAACUUUAAUGACAAAUUUGACGAGCAUCGCAAGAGGUGGGGUGGUGGCAUCAUGGGAUCCAAAUCUCAAGCGAAAACUAAAGCUAAGGAGAGAGUCUUAGCCAAAGAAGCUGCACAGAGAAUGAAUUAAGGCUCCAGCGCAGUAUAGAAGUUUAAAUCCUGAAUGUAACAUCUGAAGAUGAUGAAUUUUGCAGUUUAAUUUUGAUUGCACUGUUUUUUUUUUCAAUGACAAGCUCUUCGUCCAUCUUGUAGCUCAGAUAAUUUUCACUAUAAACUUUAUUUAGAUGGUGUGAGAAAAGAAUAUUUAUAGGCUUA